AUUUACCGUCAUUUUGUUGUCUUAAGAUUUUGUAGUCGUGUACAGUUAACUACUAAACAACAUUUAUUUUCUUUCCAAUCAAUUCACUCAAACAUUAAAUAUUACUAUAAAAGAUUUUUGAAUGUUUUUGUUGAAUGCUUCUCACCCGAAAUCAAAAGUUUUUAGCUGACAAACAAAAGGAGAAAAUUUUUAGGCAUAAGUCGGGUACGGGUCGGGUAUGGAUGGAAAAAGAAUUUUCGGAUCGAAUACGGGUACGAAAACGGUACCCGUGCACAUCUGUACCAUUUCCCGAUUAUAUAUCACUUUGAAAUCGAGAAAUUUUGUCUAUGAUUUCUUUUAUAAUUUAAUAAAUAAACUACCGGAACAUAGACUAGUUUUAAACUGGACCUUUUCAAAAACUUUUGCUGACAAGAAGUUUUGGUCUUGCUUUAAUUAUCGGAUUGUAAGUAUGAAGGAAGUCUUUUUAUUCAAGUUUCAAUGAAAAAGACUCAUUCUUUUAAAAUUUUGCAUCCUCUAUCAGUAAAAUUAAAAUUUUUUCAAGGGCAGAAUGGUGGACUUGUAAAAGCCCUUUUCUGCCAAAAAGUAGAGCACAAAAUUCUUUAUCCAACCAUAUAUCUUUUGUUUUGUUAACAAGACUGUCUAGAUAAGAAAAUUGAGAAGGAGAAAAAAGGGUUAAACUUUUGUCAGCUAGAGCAAAAAUAUUUUAAUUUGUAAAAAUCCCAUUUCUCUUUGACAAAGACUCGAUUAUAUGGAUUUUAAAGGCCAAGAUGUUAGCUAUAUAUACCACACUUCAACCUCCUUUUUAAAAGGCUUUUGUGGAUGUCGAAAAGUAGCCAAAAGGGCUAAACGUUUUAUCGUCCACUUUACUGAAUAGUAAUGUUGAGGUUUAACAACUACGUGCGAUCGCUAGACUAGAUGUCUGCCGAUCAUGUACUGGAAUGUUUCAAUAAAUCUCUUGAAAUUAUAUUAAAUUUACCCUUGAUUGAGAAAUCUGUAAUAGCUAUGGCGUUUUACGGUAUCGGUAGUGCGUAUCAAUGUAAAAACGAUAACAAGGCUUCUGCUUAAAAAAAAGACGUAAUUUUAUUGUUGCUCUCUACCUAUCUAUCAUAUGUAGGAGAAUUAUGCAGCCAUGACUUUGAUGAUGUGCACACGAUCGUUCUCGAGAAUCAUGUGUUUUUUGCUAUGUACGUACACCCACCUGUAAAGAUCGUCAAUAGAUAGUGGUAGGGGAAGAAUGAGUACACUCUUUGUAAAAAUAUAGUAUGCCAUUAUUAGUAAACGAAUAAUGAAGAAAAAAAAAGAUAAAUAUCGCUAAGACAGAACAAUCUAGGGUUUCUUCACACUAAAAAAUUUCGAAGACAACACGUGCAAAUGAUUUUGGAUCUACAUCAGCGGAGUCAUGGCUGAAUAAUUCGCUUACAUAUUAUGAUCGAUAGUUGUGUAACAACAACAAAAUUUCGUCCUUAUAACUUAUAAAAUAAUCAAAAUCUUCUCAUUUAUUUCAUAUUAUUUUUUGUGUUCACAGCUAAAUUCUAUUAAUAAAACAAACAUGUACGGUGGUGGUUAUGGUUAUCCCAAUAAUGUUUAUAAUGCAGCAGUACAGGAAGCUGCAACCGAUAAUUAUAUCAAUGCAACUGUUCCAGGAGGAGUCAACAGUCCAAUGGGUCAAAUGAUGGAUCAGAUGAUGGGUCCUGGUAAUCCGAAUCCAACUGGUCAACAAAUGUUUAAUACAGCGACUGGUGGAAUGGGCUAUAAUCCAUACAAUCCAAAUCAAGGAUAUAUGCCAUAA